UUUCCUGCAUGUGAAUAUCGGACCCUGUCCUCAGCCAUUCACGACUACACAGUAGAAAAGGUUAACGCGCACCGCGGAGCGAGACAAUUGUUUCUUUGAAACAUCGAGGUCAUUUUACCUUGUCGAUUUUACAUUUUGGAUUCGACCGAUCCUUUCCCAAUGGAUUUGUUUAUAUUUAAAACUUAUUUUUAGCCCAUGCAAUUUUGUUGCAUUGGGGGGCUGUACACACAAAAGCAACGCAAACUCUUGGUGCCGUGGACAUCGAAGGCCUUGGGACAUUUGGCUCGUUGUGUUGUGCGGAUCAUCUUUUUAAAUGUUCACAAAGGAAAAUAGGUUAAAAAGGAGAACAUCUGGUGUGUUUCUUUUUAAUUAAAGGAAUAUGUUUGCUUCCUGUCUGACUUUUGCACUUCUGGGAACUUUUUUUGCAGGACCAAGCCAUGGAGAGGUGGACACACAGGAGUGCUUGUUCUAUAAUGUCAACUAUGAGAUCGAGAAGACUAACCAGAGUGGGGUAGAGCGCUGCGAGGGUGAGAAGGACAAGCGGUCACACUGCUACGCCUCAUGGCGCAACAACUCGGGCACCAUAGAGCUGGUGAAGAAGGGCUGCUGGCUGGAUGACUUCAACUGCUAUGACAGGCAAGAGUGUGUGGCGACAGAGGAGAAUCCUCAGGUGUUCUUCUGCUGCUGCGAGGGGAACUUCUGCAACGAGAGGUUCACCCACCUGCCUGACGUCAACGGACCAAUGAUCAAGCCGCCUCCCCCCACGCCCACCCUAGUCAAUGUGCUGGUCUACUCACUGCUGCCUAUCACCAUGCUCUCCAUGGCCCUGCUGCUGGCCUUCUGGAUGUACCGCCACCGUAAGCCGCCCUAUGGCCACGUGGACAUCAACGAGGAUCCUGGCCUAGUUACCCCUCCCUCUCCCCUGGUAGGGCUCAAACCCCUGCAGUUGCUGGAGAUUAAGGCCAGGGGGCGCUUCGGCUGCGUAUGGAAGGCCCAGAUGAUGAAUGAAUAUGUGGCUGUCAAGGUCUUCCCCAUUCAGGAUAAACAGUCGUGGACGAACGAGCGGGACGUGUUCCUCACGCCGGGGAUGAAGCACGAGAACCUGCUGCGCUACAUCGCUGCAGAGAAGCGCGGAACCAACCUGGAGAUGGAGCUGUGGCUCAUCUCUGAGUUCCACGAGAGGGGCUCCCUGACGGACUAUCUGAAAGGGAAUGCAAUCAGCUGGACUGAGCUGUGUCACAUCGCUGAGACCAUGGCCUGCGGGCUGGCCUACCUGCACGAGGACGUGCCCCGCUACAAAGGAGAGGGACCCAAACCGGCCAUCGCUCACAGGGACUUCAAGAGUAAGAACGUGAUGCUGCGGACGGACCUGACGGCCAUCAUCGGGGACUUUGGGCUGGCGGUGCGGUUCGAACCGGGAAAGCCCCCAGGGGACACUCACGGCCAGGUGGGUACCAGGCGCUACAUGGCGCCGGAGGUCCUGGAAGGGGCCAUAAACUUCCAGCGGGAUGCCUUCCUCAGGAUAGACAUGUACGCCAUGGGCCUGGUGCUGUGGGAGCUGGUGUCGCGCUGCAAGGCGGCCGACGGCCCGGUGGAUGAAUACAUGCUGCCGUUUGAGGAGGAGAUCGGCCAGCACCCGUCCCUGGAGGACUUACAGGAGGUGGUGGUCCACAAAAAGAUGAGGCCGGUCUUCAAGGACUGCUGGCUCAAACACGCUGGCCUGGAGUCGAUGUGUGAGACUAUAGAGGAGUGCUGGGACCAUGACGCCGAGGCGCGCCUCUCUGCUGGCUGCGUGGAGGAGCGCAUCUCACAGAUCCGCCGGCUGACCAGCCCCCCUACCUCGGACUGCCUGGUCUCCAUGGUGACCUCUGUCACCAACGUGGACUUGCCACCCAAAGAGUCCAGUAUCUGAGUCUCAACCGUACCACCACCAACCCACCCAACGCAGAGCGACAACAAGCAAGCAAGCAUACAAAACAACCACCCUCGUCUUCUUCUUAAGCCUCAGCGGAUCUCAGAAAAAAAACAUGAAUGCAGCUGCUAUUUUAUCCUGACAUUUUUUUUCUAUUAAUUAUAAUUAUUUGUAUUUUAUUUCCGAUCGGAUCACUAUUACCAGCACACUUCUUCUCUACUGUUGUUUUUUUAUCAAGAAAGGACAAGAAAAAAAUACUUUUAAAAAAGCUACAUGGACAUCUCAAAAGCGCAUUCAGGUGCCGACUUAUGAAUGCUGGUGCAGGUACCUCAGAUGUUUUCAGCUCUCAGUAGUUUAUUUUGGUUUAGUUUAUUCCUCUUUUUCUGUCUUCUGGACAGGAUUGCCUGUGACAAAACCAACCAACUCACUCACCCACCAACCAAGCAACCAUCUACCACUUUGGACAAUACAACGAUGCUGCAAAAACCUUGUAGGAACAUUAAGACUGUUACACACAACUAACCUUCCUCAAGGGAUUUUAGUUUUCAGAAAACUUUUCCUUUCCGACAGCGUGUCCCAUACGAACCUUCGGAACUAACGGGUGUCUCUAGAACACAGGGAAAAGUGGAAGACAACUGGACUAAUUUAUUUUUGUUUUUUUCUAUGUUCAGACUGGUGACUAUGGAUAGGGUUGGCUAAAGCAUUCUUAUGAGUGCAUGUUGAAAAGUUCAAAAGGAAAUGGCUUACAUUCAGAGAUUGGACAUCACAGCAUCUGAAUAGUGCAUUUGGUUUGGUAUGGAACUACUUCUCAGGUAUCCAGUCUCAAGGGGUCAGGAGAUGUUGAUUUGAGGUGAUAUCGCAACGCGUCCUGUAAAGUAGGGCGAGAGCCACAACUGCCGCCCUUGAUGGGUCGGUGGGGGCAAACUUUAGUGGGAGGGGCUUUUCUGACUUGGUUCAGAGCCUUUUUAUCUGAGAUCAAAAUGGAGUCUAAACACGGAACGUGCCCAAACAACUACAAAAACCCACAAUAGGUGCAAGACCCUGGUGAAGAUAUGUAUACAUUUUAGGUGUGAGAAUGAGUGUGUGUAUGUGUUUGCGUGUGACUAUUUGUGCAGUUAUCGUGAGAGUGUGUGUGUGUGUGGCGGAGAGAGAUGAAGAUUAAGACCGUGAAAACAGCUGAAGAUAAGUUAAAUGUCUUUUCUUUUUUGAUGUCUUUUCUUUUUUUAUUUCUCCUUCAGUCAGUAUAUUGGACAUUGGGAGCUAAGGACCUAGACUCUUAUCCACAGAGACCCAUCUUAGGCCUCAACAAAAGCCUAUAUCCUUCACUGGUGUCGAGCGGGAGGGAGUAAAGUUCAAUCAUCACUGCCUGGUCCAUUUGUGAUUUACCUCUUUCGCACAGGGACCAAACUUCGAGUUUGGACCGGGUAGGUCCUGCAUUGUAGAACUGUUUUCGACAGGGCACAGAGCGUAACAAGCGGUUUAAACUUAACUUCAUUACGAUUAGUUACACGUUCUCAUUCAUUAGAAGGAAAAAAAGAAACUGAAAACGAACAUGGAACUUUUUUUGUCUUAAAAGUGGCACGCAAGAAACCACAUUUCUGUAUGCCAUAAUGUAACAGUGAAUGUCCACAAUGCUGCUGUUUCAACUCAAAGAUGAAUAUAUUUCUGUGUAUUCCUUUUUUUCUGUGGGUUACAUGUGCAACUCUCAGUAGUAAAGGAAACAUGCAUACAAUAGCAAAAGUACGUUGGUAGACAUGACAAGGCUUCCGAGGUGAACAAUAAAAUCUAGUAGAGAGAAAAUAUAAAACGAAAACGCAAAAAAAUUAAAAUAAAUCAUGAACCACAGACCACCUCAAACCAGAAAUACCUCAGAUUUUUCUACGUGUACGAGUUCUGUUAUAUAUUUUGUUAGUUGUGUUGACUUAUAGUAAGUAUAUUUUAAUGUGAGUUUUUUGGCUUUUAUGAUUAGGGAGUUUUGGAAAAAUAAAAUAGUGCUACCGCGUCAUGUUGUAUAAAUGAAAGAAAAUUGUGUAAAUAGAUGUAUACAGUUGUAGAAUUCUACCUAUAUAUGACAUCUAGGCAUUAUUCAUGAUUUGUGCUGGCUUUUUCCCCCCCAAGUCUUUUUUUCCUCUCCGUUACCUAAAGGGACAUUGAACCUUGUAUUUGGUUUUCCUCCCAAAAAAACAAAUAUCCACCCACCACCACCGUGUCUCACCUGUAAUAUUUUUGCAUACCCCAUGAUAUACCUUUGGUUUGUCAUUGCUUUUAAAAUGUAUUUUAAUGACUUAUCCCAUUCCUUGAUUAAAAUAUAAAGCAUUUAUAUGGAAAAUACUAAUUGAGUACCAAGAGAUACCAUUGAAUUUCCUUAUACAAAGCAACGCGUCUCCAAAUUAGUUUCUCUCUCGAUUUAUAGCGUUCUAACUUUUUAAAGCAUAGUCAUAUUUUUGUGAAAUUGUUCUCAAUUGAUGAUUGAUUUGAUAGCGCCUUCAAAGGGGGAGGGGAAAGGUUUAGUGUCCCUGGAUUCUCAUCCCCUUCGUCUCCUUUCACACAUUGACUGACGAGGCACCGUGGCGGGGCUUCAGCACCUUAAAAACACUACAUCCUACAGACCAGAGCUUUAAGUUAUUAUUGAAGAUGUCAUACGUUCUUUUAAGGUUCUACAUAGUUUAGCAGCGUUCCACGUGUGUGUAAGUGGAACCAUGUGCGCAGUGUCUUUCAGGGUGUUUUAGUGAUACCCAUGGAGAAGCGAGAGCUUCGAGACACUCAUGACUUCAAUCUCUUGUCAUCAUGAACCCCAGUGUUUGAUGUGGGCCCGCAUAUCGCUGCGAUCUGGCUGCUUUGAGUAGUAAAACCACAGCUAGCUUUAUUUGAGCUUUUGGGGUUAGGAAACUUGAACAUAUAUUUAGGUCUGUAAAGAGACUACUUUUCAAGGAGCCCCUCUUUCUCUGUGUGAUAUUUGCAGAGAGGGCAAGAAAAUAAUAAGAACUUAUUUUGCCAAGGUAGCACGCUCAUUUAACACUUUUUUGUUUCUCUGGAUUGACUCCCCACUAUUUUAUCAUUAACCAGGAUGGAUCAAACUUGGUUUGAUUUCAAUGCCUUGUUAGCAAAUCAGGGUUAUUUUUGUGUCAAAUGAUCAGGUUAGUGUUUGAUGUCUAUCUUUUCAGGAAGCUUAUUGUAACACGAUAUGGUUUACUGUAUUUCUGCUAUAAAUGUGAUGGGAUCAAGAAAUUGCAAGUUUGGAUAUAAAAUGUAGCAAGCAAUAUCUACAGCAAUAGUUCUACAUAUUUCUGAUAUGACAGAAUAACCUCAUAGGUACUGCAAUAGGCCCUUGAGCUAGUGACCAACCAAAACAUCUUGUUCAAGAUGCGCUUUGUUGUGAAGAGGAAGGCUGGUGGGUUUGCAGAUCCCAAGUCAUUGUCAUAAUGCUCGUUGAGUUAUGAUAGGUUGACCUUUUCUUCUGUUAUAGACCUUUAACCAUGGGAAAAAUUUAGCCAAAUUCCUUGCACCUAAAUCUGAAAGAGGGGGAACCAAAUUCUUUCUUUUUUAAAUUUUUGAGAGGGUUUGUAAUCUGUCCCCACUCUCUCCCUUUGCUGUUAAUGUGUAACAAAGUCUUUGACUUUGAUGAUUUGAGAAGCUAGACAAAAUAAUCUGACGUGUUCUCCUUUAUUUGACCUGCUUUUACCUUUUUGCCGCCUUUUCAAGAGUUAAGUGGAUUCAUUUGAUGGGGAGGGAGUGGGAGUGCAGGGAGUAAGGUCUACAAAGUGAGUGGUUAGACUUCAAAAUUGAAAUCUCUAAGGUUUCUUUCUAAAUAGUGGUCUGAUGCACUCUCAGCAUUACAUAUGCCAUGCGGUCUUAAGGGUUUAAUUCGUUCUAUUUUUGGGGGGAUUAUGCAGUACCAAUCGGUGGUUUUAAAGUUUUAGCCUCGAUGGGAAAGGCAAGUAUUACUCUGGUCUUUCAUCAUUGUCUGGGUUUUUACUCAGGUGCCAUUUUUUUAAUUAUUCUACCGUCGCUCUAGUUUUUUAUUUGAGAGCAUAGGGAUGGGAAAUGGGUGCUGGACUUAACACAUCUUUCCAAAUGAAUGUUUUAGCUUUAGUGCAUUGGACAUAGGGUAAAAUCAGUGAUCUAUUACUACCAAUACUCACAUUUGGGUUCAUGAUGACAAAGCUGAAGUCUUGGAAUACAAACAGCAUGUAAUAUCAGUAUUAUUGCUGGAGCGUUGGACUUAAAUUCUGAGGUGUUCUGAUGUUGUGCCUUUAUUUUCCUCAUGGUCGUUGCUGAAGCCACCGCUGCGGCGCCCCUCUUUGUUUAUUUGUUAUUAGUACCUGACAAAAAAAUGCUAUGUGUGUGAUAUAA